AUGAAGGCCGCUCACAGCUUCGGUACAGAUCUCCUUGUGCUCUUGUUGGCUUUGUUCAGUACCGCGGAGGGGUGGGGCGCGAUCAAAGUACACCAUCCAUACCGCAACCGGGGCGAUCCAACUACCCUCCGAGGAAAGCACCCCAUCAACAGCAUCACGGCUUUCGGCACAGCAGCAGGCGCAACAAAAAGCAAGCUCCCCCGGAAUGCGAUGCUUCUAAACAGCAGCAGCAGCAGCAGCAGCCAAGGAAAGAGGGAGAGCGCUUUACGACGGCAAGGUCGAGUCAGACAAGAAGGAGAGCGGGCCGACCAACAACAGGACCAUGUAUUCGCCCGUUUCCCAGACACGAGCGAUAAGAAAGCGUGGGUGCUGGUAAUACCGCUGGAAGCUGGAGUUGUCAAGGAGGUUGCGGAAGAGCUCGGCGCGCUCAACGCCGCACGUGAGAGCUGUCUCAAUGGACAUCUUUAUUAUAGCAGUAAUUCCCGCGCGGAAUCAAGACGAGAAAAUCAAGUACUCUGUCCGUUGACCCCCUCGUAGUAAGCUUCGGCGUUUGGAGACGGGAGCAUGUUUUGAGUUUGCUGACGUCCCGCAGUCUCAGCAAACCGCCCUUUUUCAUGGUCGCAACAAUCGCCGCCGUGUCUGCUUGUGAUUGGUCCGUUUCACAGGCUCGAAAGAGCAGCAGUACGCGGGCGAGAUCAGCACCCACUUUGCAGUUCUCCUGCAGGUGGGAGAUGGCCGCUGCUUGAUUCUCGAGCGCCGGGGGGAGGGCGGUGUGACCGCUUCCGAUGUCCACCCCUCCCAGGUAAAGCACAGGGCGGUGCGCAGCGAGGCGAGAGUGGUGUCCUCUCUCGAAGAGAUCGCUUCGGGUUUCUUCCGACGGGAGAGGGGGCGGCAGUUCGACCUCGCGAACAACAACUGCCGGAACUUCGCGCACAAUUUCUACCGCGAGUUUUGUGAGGGCACGCCGUUCUCGGGUGCAGGUGGCGGCGGCGGCGACGGUGAUGGUGACCAGAGUACAAGCGACGACGUUGAGAGCUUCUGCCGCUGGGUAGAACAGAUGGACCGCAAGGACGGCUUGUGACCCCCGCCUCAUGUCCAUCGAAGAUUUGCUUGUAAGAAUUACGGUGAACCAGGCACCUAAGGAUCGCGGAUCUCGGACAGCAGCGGAGAAUACUUUCAAACGCCCUUGCAAACAGCACUGUUGAUG